CAGACUCGGACACGCCCCACGGCCCCCACUCCACCCCCCCUAAAUUUUCUCUCUCUUCUGUUCCCUCCCUCGCUCCUUCGUCCGGUCCGCUUCCCCUCCCGUCCCAUUCUCCGACGCCCUUUCGUCCCUUCUCUUUUCUCUUUCACUCCCUAAAUUCCUCUCUGAGGCCCUUUUCGUUUUUAAACCCACCGUCGGUCUCUCCGCAACCAGCUUCCCAACAGUCCACGGCUUCGAGCUCAGUUUCUUCUUUGCUCGGAGUCAAAGAUCAGAACUGGAGGUCUUAGGGCUUCGGCAGAUCUGCGCCGCGUAGUGUAGAGAAAGAGAGAGCUGAGCAGUGGUGGUUGUGGUGGUGGUGACGUGGCCGUUGAUGGUAUUGCACGGAGGCGCGAGAGCCAGUUGGAAGGUAGAUGAUGAACGGAGCUCCGGCGGGGGAUCGGAGAGGGUGGUGGCGUUACGGUAAUUUCUGUCACAUGGAAUGGCAGAUCUUGUUAGCUACGGGAAUGCCAACCGUGACAUCGACCAGUCAAUAAUUGCUUUGAAGGAGGGUGCUCAACUACUGAAAUAUGGUCGUAAGGGAAAGCCUAAGUUUUGUCCAUUUAGACUUUCUACUGACGAAUCAACUUUGAUCUGGAUUUCAAGUAUCAAAAGAAGUUUGAAGUUGGCUUCUGUCACAAGAAUUGUUCCUGGACAAAGAACUGCUGUCUUUCAACGAUAUUUACGUCCUGAAAAGGACUAUUUAUCAUUUUCUCUUCCAUACAAUAACGGAAAGCGGUCUCUUGAUCUGAUUUGCAAGGACAAAGUUGAGGCGCAAGUGUGGAUUGCAGGCCUUAAAUCACUAAUUUCCUCUGGCAGAGGUGGGCGUUCGAAAAUUGACGGAUGGAGUGAUGGAGGCCUCUACCUUGAUGUACUUCAGGAUGGCAAGCACUUGACAUCAAAUAGUCCUAGUGAUAGUUCUGCUAGUGGUGCACGAGAUAGUGGCUCUCCAGAUUAUGAAUUCAAACUGAAAGUAUUUUCAUAAUCUUUUCAAUGACAAACACGAAAGGAGUUCUUAUUUGGGUAAUUUGAGUAACUCGGAAGAGUGAAGAAAUUACUCCUUCUACCGUCAAAUCAAUAAAGAAGAAGCUUGUAGCUUUGAAAAAA